UUGAGCCCGGUUUACGACGUUUUCGUAGGACUGGCAAGAACGGUUACGUAUGGUACAAUAUGGGUUGCAUUGACUAGUUUAGAAUCCAGCAUUAACGAUGAUCGAGGGAUUAAAGGUAGUCUACAAGUCAAGCAUAACCCAGCUAUAAGUCAAGGGAUUAAGGAGAAUCAAGAGAUUAAAGGUGAUCACGGGAUCAAAUAUAAUCAGCAGAUUGAAAAUUAUCCAGGGAUCAAAGAAGAUCAUGGAAUUGACAUUUUCCAGAGGAUUAAAAAACAUCCGAGGAUUAUAAAGUACAAUUUAACGAGAGAAACAAAAGACAGAAUACCAAUAUCCAAGGUGCUCCAAACAAACUGUAGUGCGAUUUUCAUGAAUAAAUCUGAAGUGAUUGAAAAUGCUCAAAACUAUAUGGACAUCGCUCGAAAAAUUUCUCAUAUCCCUUCAGAUUACAUAAAACUUUGUGAAGACUGCGAAAAGUUCCACGAAACACGUAAAUACAUUUUGAAUCCUGUAAACUCGGCAGAAUAUGAUUUUCCAUUGGCUUUUGAUGUUCUACUUUACAAAGAUGUGGAGCAAUUUGAACGACUUCUCCACGCUAUAUACCGACCAUGGAAUUACUAUUGCAUCCACGUUGAUGCGAAAACUGAUCCAGAAAUAUUUGAAGCUGUUAAAUCAAUUGUAGACUGUUUAGUAAACGUUUUCAUAUCGUCAAGGAGGGUAGAUGUACAGUGGGGGGAUUUCAGUGUGCUUGAACCAAAUCUGAUAUGUAUGCAAGACUUGUGGAAAUACAAGAAAUGGAAAUAUUAUAUAAAUCUAACUGGUCAAGAAUUACCAUUGAGAUCUAAUUUGGAAUUAGUGGGGAUAUUACGAGGGUUUAAUGGUGCGAAUAAUGUCAGAGGAUCAUCAAUUUGGUCAAAAGGUGAUCACGAACGAUGGAAAUGGAAAGCAGCCCCAAUUCCAUACAAUCUGACACUUUAUAAGGGGGAGAUCCAUAUUGCAGCAUCUAGAGCAUUUGUGGACUAUGUAUUACAUAAUGAAGUGUCCCAUGCACUGAUAGAGUGGCUAAAGGAUACAGGACAUCCUGAUGAGACAUUCUUCCCAACUCUCAACCACAAUCCACAAGUUGGAGUUCCAGGAUCAGUUAUAGGAGUUCCUGAAACAAACAGAGAAACAUACUUAUUGCGUUACAAACAUUGGAUAACAAGUGAAUGGUACCCAGGCAUGAAAUGUCACGGGAAAUAUGCCCGCAAUAUUUGUAUCCCGGGGCUGAGAAAUCUCCAUGAUAUAGUGAAUGCCCAUCAAUUCUUCCUCAACAAACUAGAGCUGAAUUUUCAACCAUUUGUCAUGGACUGUCUAGAAGAAUGGUAUUUUGAAAAAGUUCACACGGAGUAUCAGACUGGAUAUGCUCAAAUUGAUUUAACUUAUUAUGCACAGUUUCCAUUUGUUAAAAAUCAUGUUUAAUUUACUCAUUUAUACUCACUUAAUUAGUUGUCAUUAAUUUAGUAC